CAAUGUGUCUCAUAACCAACUAAAACUCCUAACAGUAGCUGGAAGUAAGUACAUUUCUACAAUAACAUCAAGCUACUCUUUUUGUAUUUCAGGAUGAGCAAUCACAGGAAGAACAUACAGGACUACAUCCUCCACUGGUGUACAAUGGCGUCUGACUCGAGCAGUGUCAGCAUCAGUGUCCCGUAAAGCUCGGGCGGACCUCACUAAACAUCAGGCAGGUUGGAACUGCUGCAGCAGGGAUGAUCACGUCUCAUAUGAACGGUUUUGUGCAAGAGGCCUCUGGGCAGGCCAAGAGCCACAGGGAGAGGGCCGUGGACUGUCCAGGGGAGGAAAGUAACCCUGCCAAAGGUCCACACAGUGGUGCCAAGAUGGAGAGAAUACAGCACUACCAGGAGGAGCUGAGGAAGAGGCGAGAGGAGGAAGGCAGGGGGAAACACGACAUCGACCCAAACGCUUCACUCAGGCUCAAGAAGCUGUCGCAGAAUCCCAAAGUGGGCAUUGACAAUCCCACAUUCGAGGGGAAGGAAACGGCCAAAGACACGUGUUCCCAGGAUCCUGUAGCUGACCUGGUGGAGCUGCUGCAGGCUCUGAAGUGGGCCUCGCACAUACUAUCAGAUACCCAGAGCCAGCAGGACGUGGACCUGUUGAUGCGGCUCGUUGCCAAGGAGGACUUCAGGAAUGCCUACACCAUCUACAGUGCUGUAGCCCAGCAGAAGAGCAGAGGCAGUCCCAACUCACCACUGACAGCACAGGCAGAGGAUCUCUGCCAAGAGGUCCAGAGGAUUCUGCAGUCCAGCCAACAGAAGGAGGGUCUGGAGCUCCAGGCUCUGCUCACCAAUCCUCAUCUGCAGGCACUGAUGCAGGCUCAUGACAGUGUGGCGGUGCACGAAUUGGGAGAGGAAAAUGUGACCCAGUACCUUGGCGAGACAGUGAAACUUGUGCGGCUGGAGAAGGCCCGGGACACUCCAUUGGGUGCAACGGUGCGUAACGACAUGGACAGUGUGGUGGUGAGUCGCGUGGUGAAGGGCGGAGCAGCAGAGAGCAGCGGCCUUCUCAAUGAAGGAGACGAGAUCCUGGAGAUCAACGGGGUUUCUAUCCGGGGGAAAAACGUCAAUGAAGUCCACGACUUACUGCAACAAAUGCACGGCACGCUGACCUUCCUCCUCAUCCCGAGCUCUCAGAUUAAACCUGCCCCUCACAGACAGACUGUGAUGCACGUAAGAGCUUACUUUGACUACGACCCUUCUGAUGACCCUUUCGUGCCGUGUCGGGAGCUCGGCCUGUCCUUCCACAAGGGAGACAUCCUCCACGUCAUCAGCCAGGACGACCCUAACUGGUGGCAGGCCUACAGGGACGGAGACGAGGAGAACCAGCCUCUAGCAGGACUUAUUCCAGGAAAAAGCUUCCAGCAGCAGAGAGAGUCCUUGAAGAAAACCAUAACAGACAGGAGUCGAGAGCACCAAGGGAAGCACUGGUAUGCAAAGAAAAAUAAGAAGCAGAGGAAGAAGAGCACAGUCACUUUGAGCAGAAAUACUGAUUAUGACGACAUCCUGACCUAUGAGGAGAUGUCGCUAUAUCACCAACCGGCCAAUCGGAAACGCCCAGUCGCUCUGAUUGGUCCUACAAACAGCGGCCACGACGAGCUACGUAGGAGGCUUCUGUCCAUAGAACCGGAAAAGUUUGCUGUUGCUAUUCCUCACACAACCAGAAACCCAAAGAUACACGAGCGGAACGGGCGAGAGUACCACUUUGUGAGCCGGCCUGGAUUUGAAGCCGACUUAGCAACUGGAAAGUUCAUUGAGUCUGGGGAGUAUGAGAAGAACUUGUACGGCACCAGCACCGACUCAGUACGACACGUCAUCAACUCGGGACGCAUAGUUCUGCUCUGCCUCCACACCAGGUCUCUGCGAGUGUUGAGGUCCUACAAUCUCAAGCCCUUUGUCAUCUUCAUUGCUCCUCCUUCUCAAGAACGACUACGCACCCUGCUGGCAACAGGGGGGAAAACACCAAAGCCUGAGGAUCUUAAGGAGGUCAUUGAACAGGCCCGUGAGAUGGAGCACAACUUCGGCCACUUCUUCGAUGCAACCAUCGUCAACAUGGAUCCAGACCAGGCGUUCCACGAGCUGCGCAGGCUGAUAGACAAGCUGGACACUGAGCCGCAGUGGGUGCCCACCUCCUGGCUGUGCUAGAGGUCACUGCAGGGAACACCUGAGGGGGGAGGGUGGGGGGGGUUAUAAACAGGAGAAAGCCACAAUGAUUACUCCUGCAGACUGAAACAAAAUGAAGGAUGGACAGUGCUGAUAGUCACUGGAUCGCACUUGCACAUUCUCCUCAUUUAUGGAGGAGCUGAUCUGAAAACCCAUGUCGCAGGGAUGGACUCUCAUUUCUUACAUUUGUUUUGUUUGUGUCUGUGUCUUUGUGGGUCAAUAUGUUUUUGUUUGUUUGUUUUGUCUUGUUGAUCUCAGUUUUAUGCAAAGUCAUUUAUAAGACCAAUAGAAAUCUUUCUAUCCUAUUCUUCUUACUAGUUAUUUAUAAUUGUAAAUACAUAUUUACUAGUUGAAAAUGUUGAAUAUUUUAUUAUUUUCUUUGUGUUAUUUACACAACGGUACGCUCAAGUGGGUGGGUGAUGAUGUCACAGAUAUGAUAUGACAUGCUUUACAGCUUUAAAGUGUUCAGGUAGCCAACAGAAGAGAGGCACCUUAAAGUGUCUGCAGGUGAACGUCUUCAGUCAGAGAGACAGAAGAAGAGUGCUGGAGCCGUCUUCCUCUACACCAUAGUCAGUAUUAUUUUGUGUUGUCUCAUAUACGCUGUAAAAACAGACCUCAAAUAUAAGGUGUUGUCUUCUAGCUGGUUCUCAUCAGUGUAUCAUGCCGUAAAGUAUUUCUUUUCUUUUUUUUACCAGUAUUUUACCAAAAAAAGCAACCUGUAUCAUUUAGUGUACCUUCAACAAAUACAGCAUUUCUUCUUUUCAGGGUACUUAUGAAGUCAUGAGCACAAAACUGUCAAUAAAACUAGAUACGUAUGUGAACACGUGA